CCCCGCUCACCUUCCCCCGCGCUACCCAAGAUCCACGAUCCCCCGUCAACAGCAACUGCAACAGCAACUGCAACAGCAAGCACGACCACAACAACGGAACGCUCAGACGACUCUUGACUUCUCUCGUUCCAUUCUGACUCCACAAUAACUUAGCUACGUCCGCAUGAGCUAUAAUUCCUCUCAGCGCACUGCGAUCCAGCAGUUCAUCGCCUUCACGCAAUGUUCUGAGCGUACGGCCGCUAAAUUUUUGAAGUCGAGCUCGUGGAACGUCGAGGCCGCCGCCGACUCAUACUUCCAGGCUUCCAACUCGUCGUCUUCGGCUGGUACGACAGGUGGCGCCGCAUCGAGCAAAGCAGAGCUCAACAAGCUCUUUGACCAAUUCCGAGAAGCCGGAGAUGCCCCAGAUACCUUUGGAGUUAAUGGUUCCAUAAAAUUUCUGGAGGCAAUCGGUGUAGGGUUGGACGAAGACACGGUGCUGGUCAUCUCCGAGUUCCUCAAAGCGCCCAUUAUGGCCGAGUUCUCACGGGAGGGCUUUGUGACCGGCUGGCAAUCACUGAACUGCAAAACCCUCGACCAGAUGCGAGCGCGUGUACCGGCACUGCGACAAUUACUCGGCACGGACGAAGAAGUCUUCAAGCGCGUCUACAUGCACACCUUUGCGCUCGCACGAACGCAAGGCCAAAAAUCGCUGCUCCUCGAGACGGCGAUUGAGUACUGGAAACUACUGCUCAACAAACGGUUCGAGGCGCAGCUGCCGGUGUGGAUUGAGUUCCUACAGAAAGAGUACCGGAAGUCGGUCUCUAAGGAUACAUGGAACUGCAUGUAUGACUUCAUACAGCUGGCGCAGAAGGAUCCUGGGUUGAAGACUUAUGAUGUUGAUGGCGCCUGGCCCUCGAUUCUUGACGAUUUCGUAAGGUACUGGAGAAAGAGGCACCCUCAGGCCGAGCCGACGGAUGGAGAUGCGAUGGAGUAAUGCGUGGUGUCAGUUUUAUGAGUCGGGGGUGUCUCCCAGAUCAAGUGUAAGAGUACACCUUAUGGGGCGGGGAUGCUUAUGAGCUAUAAGCUACCACCCAGUCACGGAUUUCCUUCCCAUUCGCUUUGCAUUGCCUUUGUUGAGUUGCUGUAGGUAGGUCUUGAGGGAUAUGCCUGCAAGCUAAAUAGAGGUGCUUCAUUUCUUUCUUAUUUCCUGCAUUCUGCAUGCACUUAUGUUGCUGGUUUCAUUGGCAGAGGGAGCGGAGGAGGAAUAGGAGGGUAAUAGAUUAUCAUACUUGCCAAUCUCACGAUUAUCAGAGGCUUCGUGUAU